AUGAAUCUCCUUUCAUCCUUUUUUAUUGUCAUUGCAUUGUCUGCUGAGUUCAGUAACGGAGAGUCUUACGACAAAGACUCGGUCCAUUUUAUAAACUCUCUUAAUCCGAACAACAUUCUCAGGGUCCAUUGUCUAACGCACGAUGAUGAUUUAGGCUAUCAUUUGUUGAGUCCUGCACAAACCUAUGAAUUCAGCUUUUAUGAAAGUAUUUUCAAGACCAAAGUCAAUUGCGCCUUAUGGCAGGGACCUGGUUUCAAGUUCUAUGCGACCUUUAGGGCAUAUACAGGUGGUAGUUUCAUUGUCCACUAUGGCAAGAAAAAUUUUUGGGAUGCAAGAGAAGAUGGUAUAUAUAUCUCUCAUGGUAAAGAUUCUCCCAAAUUAAAGUACAAGUGGUCCACCCAAGCCUUUUCACCAAUUUAUUAA